AUGAUUUUCGAUUACAUCGGCAUGUUCAAGGCUGGUCGGCCGACGCAGCUUGCAAUCACUUAUACAUGUCUUACUGCAUUCGUACUCUUUGAUUACGACCAAGGAGUCUUUGGUGGCCUUCUCACGAAUCCCGAUUUGCUGACUAUCAUGGGCAAUCCGAAUUCUGGGAAGCUUGGUAUCAUCGUUGCCUGCUAUAAUCUCGCCGGUGCCUUUGGCUGCUUGUUGAACUUUUGGGUUGGCCCGAAGUACGGAAAGAAAGUUGUUAUAGCGCUCGCGAUGACCCUUGUUACCAUAGGGGCUGUAUUGCAAUGCACAACCUAUGGUGUCCCUCAGCUGGUUGUUGGUCGAGUUAUUACAGGCUUGGGUGUUGGUAUUGACGUUGCGACAGUUCCCACCUACCAGUCGGAGCUCUCUAAACGCGGAAACCGUGGCAGAUUGGUGAUGACCGAGAUUGUGUUCGUGACAGUGGGGGUCGUUGUCGCCUAUUUCUUCGACGUGGGCAUGAGCUACGUCGACGGGCCGGUGGCCUGGAGGCUCCCGAUUGCUUGUCAAUGUCUCCUCGCCUUGAUCGUUCUUGGGCUUAUCGGAGGUCUGCCAGAAACACCUCGGUAUCUCAUCCAAAGAGGUCUCAUCUCAGACGCAGAGGCAGUCCUGGCAAAGGUAUGGAACGUGCCGACCUCGGAUCCGGCCGUGCAACAAGAGAAGGACGAGAUCAUAAGAGCCAACGACCUGGAGAGAUCCAAUCCCUUCAAGUGGACCGCAGCAUGGAGCAAAGACGCUGUACGAACACGCUGGCGACUCUUCCUCGCUGUCUUUGUACUAUUCACUAAUCAAUGGACCGGGGCUAAUGCGAUUGUCUUCUACGCUCCCACCAUCAUGGAACAGAACGUUGGUCUCUCUCAUACCUCCGCCCUCAUUGCCGGUGGCUGCAUAAACAUGGGUAAUAUGAUGGGAGCAUUUUUCAGCUGCCUGAUUUCGGAUAGGAUUGGCCGGAAGAAGCCACUUCUCAUCGGAUUGAUCGGACAGUCUAUCUUCAUGAUGUUGUUUGGUGUUAUGAUCAAAUAUAGCCAUGUCGGGCCUGCCACGGGUAAAGCUGCAAUUGCGUUCUUGUUAUGGUAUGAGAUAUGCUUUGGGGCUAGCAGCUCGUCCAUUCCCUGGCUAUACAGCGCCGAAAUCCUUCCUAUACGAGUCCGGGCUCAGGGCACCUCGCUCGCGGUUUUCACCAACUGGAUGUGGCAAUUCACCAUUGUCAUGGCCACACCGACAAUGAUCAGCAAUCUAGGUUGGGAAACUUACAUGAUUUUCAUGUCUUUCGGCUUCGCAUUCGUGCCCAUGGUCUACUUCUGGGUUGUCGAAACCAAAAACCUUGGUCUCGAGGAAAUCGAUUAUCUUUUCCUCAGCGAGCGCGCUCCACAGGGCGAGCAUCCAGCCGACGUGAGCCUCGGCGGUAUCGAGACUGGAGAAAUAAAGGAGAAAGUAGCUUAUGAGGAAUCGCCAGUAAGCAAAGCUUGA